CAGCCGCCGGAUCUACGAGAACGUGGAAGAACCAUAAGAAUUGAAUCUGAUUUGUUAUCUUAUUGUCGAAAAUUGCCGCAGAGGAUCUUUGAAAGCUUCACUGUUUCCAUAAUGUUACCUUCUCUAGCCCCAGUGCGCAAAUCUUGGAAUUCAUCACCUAAGAGUAAAAGUGUAGCUGACACGACCCUUGCUCAGGAAAAUGGAACUGCAUUUAGUACUCCUGUAGCUCUUGAUACAACUGCACAUGCCCAUGAACUCAAAAAGAAGGAUAAAGAAUUACUGAAUAUUUUGAAGAAGCAUAAACCUGAAGAUGCUGAUAUUGAUAAAAUCAAAAUCAAUAAGGAACUGGAUGAUGCUAUAAACGGUCUCCAGGCUAACAUUGAAAAUGAUAUUGACAGUUUAAAAGCACAUAAGGAAAUGAACCUAUGUCUGAUAAAUAAUAUCAAGAAAGAACACACAGUUCUCAUAGAUGAGAAGUACUACAUCGAGAAACAGCUGGAAUUGGCUAGUAGAAGUUGCAGUGGGCAGAACAAACGUAGGAGCAAAGAGGUUGACGGACUGAUCAUUGCAUAUGAUAAAUUGGAUCAGAAGGAGAGAAGCGCAAGAAGGCGCAUUGCUAUUUUGAAAGCUGAGCUUUCCCUCAUAAUCUUAAAGCUAGAUGUGUCAAAUUCUAAGGAGGAAAAGCCUAUUGUUCCUCCUCUUGAUCUGUCAAAACUUGGUGAGGGCAAAGUUUUGCCACCAUUCAAGAAUGCACCAAAAGCACCAAAAAAAGGAAUGAACAGAAAUUCUUUAGCGAAGGAAAACCAUACUGAUAUCAGCACUGGUAACAAGAGGAGAAUGAAGGAUCAGGAACCAAAAAAUAAAACUGGUUCACUAAAUGGUGUAAGGAACCAGCCUGACAAGAAGACUGUCAGACAGGUUAUAUACAAGAAUAAGCCAGUACUAACAAGGACAGAUGAGGGCACACAAUUAAAGGUUCUGAUCAAGCUCCCUGAUAUUGUCAAAGGUUCUCAAAUGAUGGAUAAAUCCAAGAUCCUACCAAAGCAAUCUUGUGAAUCCAGAAAAAAUGCACCAAGGCGUGCAGCUAGGAAACCUACUAACCAGCAGAGACCAACAUUUUGUUUUUAGAUCACGUCUACUCCCAUUUUUCUCAUGCUCAGAUCUAUAGAAUGAUUUAUGUAUAUAUAUAUAUUUUGGUGAAGUUUAUGAUUUGAUAUUGUCAAUAUAUAUUUAUAUCUCAGGGAAUCAAAUUUACAAUAUUUAAAUGUAUUUAUAUCCUGCUCUUUUAAACAUAGCAGUAUUUUUAUGCUAUGGUGUACUAUCUUAGCUUUUGAUUUUUUCUUUAAAUUAAAAUAUUUUAUAAAAUAUACAAGAUUUAUCUGCUCUGAAAUUUUCGGAUGAAUCAGACAACCCGUUGUUGGGUUGCAGACCCUGAAUUGUUAGUUUUAAGGAAACUUUAUAAAAUAUAAUAUCCUGAACACUUAUUAAUAUAAGUCAGAUUGGUUGAUCUUUUCCUUAAUGCCAAACUAUUUAUUUGACCUUCUAUACUGAACUCUAGAUUAUUGCAAAUCAGAAAUUAAAAAAAAAAAAAAAAAUCUCAUUUCAAAAUCUCAUUACCAGAACUUUAUUUUUUUUUGUUCAAUCUGUUUAGAUUACAGAUCCAGUGUCAAUGCUUUGCUUACAAGAAUAUGACAAUACUUGGUUCUUUUCUAUGUUUUGGUAAUUAUAACAUUCGCUAAUGAUUUCUGCCUCCAAAUUUUUGAAAGUGUGCAUUAUCAUAAUGACAAACCAAAAGAUCACAAAAGGUCUUUAAAACAGAAAUUAGAGCAGAGCAUUUUCAGAUCAUUGUAAGCAAAACAUGUACAUCUGUAUUUUAAUCACAUUAUAUAAACAAUCAUCUGACAGUCUUCUUUUUUUUAGUCUACAUUUUGUUAAGUUAAAUUUAAUUUUGACAUUUUUUGCAUGUUACUACAUGUAGUAAAGUUUGAAAUGAUAAAAUCCCACUAUAGUCUAUAGAUGUGUUUAUAGUACCGGUAGUAUUUUGAUCUGACACUGUGUUUUAAAUACAUUUGAAUUUGGUUAAGUUGAAAGAGUUCUGUAUUGCAUCGGUUCAUUGAGUCUAUGUAUGGGCCUGCCCUUCUGGCAAAAGUAGGUCACUGGGAUCUAACUUUUAUUCAUGUUAAAAUCUGAAUAGGUUCAAUUUAAAUCCAAAAAUAAGUUUAUAUCUUUCAUACUGUUUUUAGUGGGGGAGAAAAGGGGCUUUCAUAAUUUUUCUCAUUUUUUUUUAAUAUACUGGUGAAAACUGCAUUACUCUAAAAACUAUUGAUCUUAAAUUAAAUUUUACCAAAACAGCACAGAAUUUAAAUUGUGCAUCAGUACUACAUGAUUUGGAGACGGGGUGCGACCUCUUUUUUGCAAGAUAAAGUUGUAAGUCUUUUGAUUGCAUGAUGAAGUCGCAAGUCACUGGCGUGUAUGGAAUAAGACCGUAAACUUGACCUGCUACAAAUCAGAUAGAUACCAUUUGGUUUGGGCUUAAAAAAAAUCUUUUUAAAUGGUAGGGGUUAGAUCUGGAAUUGGUCUGGGAUUUUAAAUUUUCUUUUUUAAGUGUGAGGGUGUGUUCCGGUAUUUUGGUCUGGGAUUCAAAAAAAAUCUAUUUGAGCGAGAGUAAUGUAGUUUAUGCAUCAUUUUGUAUUUGUAAAUUCAGAUCUGUAAUUUGUUUUAUAGAAAUUUAGCAAAUUUACACUAUU